AUGUCACAAGACUUCAUAGCGAGCUUGCUGGAGUUCCCGCCAGAGAAGAAGCUGUCAAACAAAGAGUACGACAAGCGGGCGAACGAUUUGAUAAAACACCUGAACAAGCAGUCGGAUUCAGCAUGGGUGAAGCAUCUCAACAAGGGUAGCAUCCUCGACCUGCUCAACCCAUCAACCAACAGCCUGCCAUACCUCUACGCCCUCGUAGCCCAAGCGAACAACGCAGGCAAGGACCGCGCGCGGCGUGACGAGGUGCUCAAUCGCAGUGCCGUCUUCUUCGCCACGUUCGACCCCAUCCAGGUCCGCUAUGCUGGGUCUGUAUUCUAUGAUCUCCUCACUUGGGCCUUCGACGCAUACCCCAGCCUGGAGAUCACCGACUGCAGCCCUCUCACCACCGCUCUGCUCCGCCUCGAUCCCACCGGAGCCACCUUCACGUCUUCACAUCUGCGCCUGGUCCGACUGUGUCUACACCAGGGCGUACCCAGUCAAGCGCUACCCAUCCUCGACAAGAACAUCACCGCCUACCCGCAGACACCACCCAAGAACCUCCCCGAGGACUACAUCUGCGACGACCACGCCCACAGCAACGCCUUCCUCACCCUCAAAUCUGGCUUCACUCUCCACCCACUCAAACCGGAAUGGCUGCUCGAGUACUACCUCCUCGGCGCCCAUGUCUACCUCGGGCAGCGCAACUUCCCCCGCGCCCGUCUCUUCCUCGAAUACCUCCUCCUCCACCCCACCUCCGGAGCCGCAGCGAGCGGUCUUCAAACAGAAGCAUACAAGAAGUGGCUCCUUCUCGGCCUCCUCGCACAGGGCAAAGCCUACCCGCUCCCGCACACACACAGCCAGCAAGUCAUGAAGAGCGUGAAAGCAGUGAGCAGACCCUACGAAGCUCUGGUGGAGGACUUCGAGAAGCGCGCGUGGCGAAAAUUCCAGGCCGAAGCAGAUGUCGGACAAGGUAUCUGGCAAGAAGACGGGAACACGAGCCUGGUCCGCGAAGCAAUGGACGCCCUGUUGCGCUAUCGCGUGCUGGAUCUACAGAACACCUACGCCGCGCUGCCCGUGUCUCGCGUAGCCGCGCACCUCGAGCUCCCACCCGACUACGUCCUAAAUCUGCUCGGCAGCAUGCUCAACCAGAACUACCUAUCCGCACACCUCACGACCACCACUUCCGACCCGGUCUUGCACUUCCAUGGCUCGUCUACCUCCACCUCCCCCGAAGUCAAUGACUCCGACUCCCUCGAAGCCCGCUCAAAUCGCAUCACCUCCCUCAUCGCUGCGAUCCGCGAUGCCGACCGUCGGCUCCAGCUCACGAAAGAGUACAUGGACGUGCAAAAGCGCGGGAAGCGAGGCGGGGCGGGGCCGGAUGGAGAUCUAGCGGAUCAGAUGGAUCUGACUUACGAUCCGCCUAUCGGUGGAUUAGGAGAGGACGAGGAAGGAGAGGGUGUGUUUGGAGUAGGAGGGAGUGGCGGGUGGCAAGGGACUGGGGAGGAGGAUAUUAUGGAGAGGUGA